UGCGCAGAGCCUGACGCAGGGCUAGCUGGUGUAAUUGUUUCAGAAAGCGAAUGUACCAUCUGUUGAACGUCCAUGUUUCUGUCGCAGAGGAGAACCAACAGCAUCAUUGAUUUUCAUACCAGUUUCGUUUCUAAGUCAGCUGCUGUUUCCACCGCACCAGAUGUUACAGCUUAACGCAAACUGUACAUGCUUUCGGUACGUGCGUGCGCCGUUCAGUCGUCAUCCGUAAGUCGGUUACAGGGUGUUCAUGAAGUAGCGAAAUUUCGAUGAGUUCACCACAUGGUGCUUUUUUGAUUUCGUAUAUGGAAUGGACGUUUUAUCAGACAGAAAUAUGGAGGUUAACACAGCUGAUUCCCCUCAACAAUUUGAAAGGCAUAGUGAGAAGACGAAUUUUGGUAGAUGCAUGCAUUACUUAUCAUUUCUCCAGUGCCGAUAACGAUAACUGGACAUUGUAUACAUUUGUCAUAUUGUGCAGACAGACUUACAAACAAAUGACAAGAAAUAAACAUGGAACUCACGUGCUUACGUCCAUUGUGACCCGAGGCUGACCGAUGGUUGCUUUUGUACGCAAAACACCGGUUUAUCUGGCUUAUCCCAAAAGUGUUGGCAAGAAAAGACGGAAAUUGCUAUUCUGCAACAGUGCCUUCCGGCCUUAAUUCGGUGAUCUGAGGUCUAUUCGUGUUUGCCAGCCAACGAUGUUAGCGGCCUACGUGGUCGCGUAGUCUGAGCCUAUCAUGCUCACCUCGCCGUCUCUCAUUGGACUCACUUUGGCGAAGCCCUCUGCUCGGAACAAGGUGCUUCUGUGAUGCAACUGGCACCAACCUCUGUACCAAUGUACCGACCUUCCAAGGAUUGAUUCUAAUAUAAUAAUGAAGGUAUGAUGCCCUGUGGCAAGAAAAGCGAAGUGCAGUUUGUAACAGCGAUUGGUGUAAGACAGCAAGCGCAAGAGGCUUCGAAGGCCUGUUCUCACAGACGCCACCCAUCUCAGUUGUUCAGACAAAUGGAACAAGAUGAAGUGCCAUCAUCUAGGCAGUCAGAUGAUGACUUCAACCGUUGGAAUUGUGGCAACAGAGAAAGCGAUAAAACCCAAUCCCAGAGAUUUACCGAAUCGGCACACCAGGUAUCUGAUGUUGCUCGAGAAAAGCACAAUGUACCCGAUAACAAACAACCAACGAACCAGUCCCUGUCCUUCCGUUUUCGCGAUUUUCCAGUCACCCGAGAAAGUCAAGGAAGCAGCAGCACCAGCAGUGGAGCCACAGCCAUGAGUAUGAGCACAGGCACAGGUGGUAGUGCGAACAGUUGCCAAUCUAUGCGUAAUCGUUACAAAACCAGCAAUACUCGUGGCGCACGGUGCAAUAGCAGCGCCUCGUCGUCCACAGAGGAAACAGAAGCACGCGAACGAGGCUUCGGGAGUGUUGACCUCCAUCCACUGCCUACAGUUGCUCCCCCAGCGGCGGGCAUUCGUAGGACUUUCAUCUCCCCUGCCGUUACUACACAUCCCAAUCAAGUGGAUUUCUCCGCCUUGUUAGCUCUGCAGCAGCAGUGUAUGAAGCGUCUCAUAACCAUACAGACAUCUUCAACACAGUCUACGAGCUCGUCUUUGGCAAAAAUGUCACCUGAGCCUGCUGCUCCCCAUUCUUUGGUUGAAAUCAAGCAUGGUGCAGUCGAAUUAAUCACUGAGAAACGGGAGACUCCUGUAGACUUGCAGGCUGUCAGCACAGAGUUGUCUCCUGCGGAGUUGUCCACACUGUCGCAAACUAGGAUCGCAAGCCACCCUUUGAGUACUCUUCCCUCAUCACUGUGGCCAUGUCUCGUCUGUCCUGUUCACUCCCGGCUAUUUUUACAAUCUUGUGGAUUCUUACAUGACGCUUCGAAUGAAGGUCCGUAUUUUCCUUUGCACCCACUGCCCGACUCCGCUGUCCAACGUCACCCAUCUGAAGCUGAACGUCAUCCGACCGGGUCAUUGCCCACCAACUCAGUCGGCUUCCCAAAUGCAAGCAGCUCAGUAACAUUACCUUGGCUAGGCCCUGCAGUCGCUCCUUCCUCAAACAGUCCACGUGUGGGUCCGUACGAAGUGGGUCCUACAUUGGGCCGGGGUAAUUUCGCUGUUGUCAAAUUGGCCAGACACGUCCAAACCAAAGUGAAGGUUGCAAUUAAAAUUAUUAACAAAGAACUGAUUGGAUCUAGCAAUCUGAGCAAGGUUUUCAGAGAACUGGAAGCCAUGAAACGUUGCCAGCAUCCGCAUAUCGUUCGUUUGUACCAUGUGAUGGAAAGCGAAUGCAGCAUUUUUAUGGUCACCGAGUUCGCAAGCGAAGGUGAAGUGUUCGAUCAUAUAAGCAAGUCACGUGCGUUUAGCGAAAAGGAAGCUCGGGAGCUGUUUUGGCAAAUUGUAUGCGCCGUGGAUUUUUGUCACAGUUCAGGCGUUGUGCAUCGGGAUCUGAAGGCUGAGAAUCUGCUGCUUGACUCGGAAUCAAAAAUAAAGGUGGCAGACUUUGGGUUUUGCAAUUUCUUCCGCCCCGGCGAUCUCUUGUCUACUCACUGCGGAAGCCCCCAAUAUGCUGCCCCGGAGCUGUUCAAAGGUGAACCAUAUGAUGGCCCGCUGGCUGAUGUAUGGAGUCUUGGCGUGAUCCUCUACAUUUUGGUCUGUGGAUCGUUCCCCUUUCCAGGCGAAUCACUGGGGGAUAUCCGAAGCCAGGUACUUCGUGGGCUUGUACGCUUCCCAUUCUUCCUCUCUACCGCCUGCGAACAGGUGAUCCGUUGCAUGUUAGCUGUGGACCCGGCUCGCCGAUUCAGUCUGCAACAGAUCACAAACACUCCCUGGAUGCAAGCCUCUCCGAACGUGUCUCAUUAUUAUGCAAUGAUUGAGAAGUAUAGAAACAAAGCCAAAGAUAAAAAGUUUGAUGAGAUAUUCCGAUCUCAGUAUCCGGAGCAUAGCGAGCUCGUGCAUAAGGGCGAAGCAGACCGCACGGAGCGUCGCCUGAAGACCAAUCUUAUCAGAGCGCUGGCCGUAGGAGCCGGAUUCGACGAAGUUCUCGUUAGAUCGUCUACCAUACAGGCAAAAUAUGAUCGCUUCCAUGCAGCCUACCAACUAUUGUGUGCAAAACUUCUUCACUUCAAGCGUUCGCAGCAACUUCGUCAGUUUGUCGAAGAGGUCUUUUUAUUUAAAACCGGGGAUCAUGGAGAGCAGCACCAUCGAGGUCUCGUUCAUACGGUUUCCAAUAUGCUUAUGGUAUCAAGUCAACCUUUAUCUGAGCAGCUUGAAGAUAUCUCCUUUUAUUCAGAUAUCUGGAAGAGCACGGCUGAACCGAAUGAAUUGGAAUUAAAACUGGCCCUGUUCAUUCUCAGGGCCGACGAGGAUGCAAUCUUGUCACAUUUGGGUGUACAGACUUCACACUGGGUGAAUUCCGUGGCUCCCGGGGUCCGACGACACACUGUCCAGCUGCCCACGUCUCCUUUGACAUUCCCCAGACUGACACCAACGACUUUGACGGGUGCAACCACUGAACCAAAUGUUGAACGUGGUGUGAAAUCUCCUAUUCCGACUGGCGUCGCCCCUGUACAGAAUCCUGUGAACGCUACGGACACUGUUGGCAACACAGCCCCACGAACUGUGCCACACCAGUUUUCGAGGCAGUAUACGCAGCCACCCCUAAUAGGUUCACUGUUAGUUAGUGGCCAAUUUCGAACUGGGCUACAGUGGACAACAAAUCUGAGCAGUUCAGGAGCCAAAGGCCUUUCGUUUCCUAAUAGCUCAGAUGGUACGGAAGAGAUAACUGAUAAUCGGACUUCCAAACGCCCGAUCAAUCUGCCCUCACUUGAGUUGGGUCAAGAAGCAGCCACCACAAAACCGCCGUCGCACGUACUGCGGUUCCGGUCAAACUUUCGCCGGCAUGACCCGGUCCAAGAAUCUACGAUCGAAGAGCCCAUCGAUAGCGUUCCGAUCGUCGCAGAAGAUACUCUCGCAUCUGUGGCAUCGCAAGCUUCGUGUCUAACCGGUGUUAGUAAUUCAUAUAAUCUCCCAGAUAUUCCAUUUCAUCCUCUGAUUCCACAACUUCUUCCGGAUGCAUGCUUGAUGUACAUGUCAUCAUGGGACCACACCAUUCGAGAUGGAGCGUGUCUAGGUGCCCUAUCGGGUUCGAAUCCCGAGCAUGGAAAUCUUCCAGCUUCAAUGGACACCGCAGCCAUGGAGACGGAAACAACAGACUGUCCAUCACAACCGCUCAAUCCAUUAUCUUGCUGGCCUAACUCUUCUAUUGGACCAGACGAUGACAAUGGUGCUACUUCUGAUGCGCAUGGUCUGGGAGUACUGUUGCCACAACUCAACUUGCCGGCAAACUUACCAGCGGUAAUACAUCAACCAGUUGCUCGAUUCACAGUCAAAGAUCCGCAUUUGUUAGCUCCUCCUGGAUUUAUGAUUCCGCACUGUUCCAGCUUUCCCCGUCGUUCAUCCGAUGGUGCGGCUGAUUUACAACCACUUCAUCGUCCGGUGCUUACCGUUGGAGGGAGUUAUCCAGAACAAGCCAAUUAUCGCUCGAAGCCAUCUGCCUCUGAAAAGGACGCAGAUGCCUUGAGCGGUUCAGUGAUCGUACAGCCUGCUUCUGAUGUUGACACUCCCCACCUGAGCACCGCCACACAAGCCUCGGAAUGCGCGUCCCACACUGCAACCAAGGCACCUAGAGAUCCAUUGAUCCGGAGUACAACUGCCCGUUCGUUCGACACAAGUUCUUAUCCAAACAAACACCCCCGGCACGUGCUUCGGUUUUCACACUCACUCGGUUUCAAGCUACGUGGCUCAUCGGCUGUCUCAUAUCGCAUUCCAACAGGUGUGCUCGCCGCACAGCAUCGCACUUUGUGCACCGCUCUGCGGGCCACUCGCACGUGCACCUCAACCACACGAUCUUGGUGGAGACCACCAGGUCGUCGAUGGACUGCGGACCAAAGCGAUGGCGAUUCCGAAAGCUUUGUGGCUGGUCCGAACUCCCUGGACGCAGAUCCACAAGUCAGCAGAUACCAAAAGCGAUUCAGCUUACCAAACACGUCUCGCUUCAUCCCAUCAUUCGUUUCGCAUGAUGCAAAUGCUACAUCCCGCCUUGCUGAGUGCAUUUGCCACUUUCCUCUGGGUCCAGACGCAAUCAAUCAGAUCCAGAACAUCUUAUCCCAGCUGUCCGUGUGCUAUUCAGCUUACUCUGAGCACUUUCAGAGUCCUCACGUUGUAAUCAAUGAAGUCAUGUGGGCAGUUGAGGGGAAAACUGUGGGUCAUGGCAGUGAAAACAGCCAACUGUUAACAUGGAAGCGCCGUUCGGAUCAGCACUCGCAUUCCACCAGCCCAAACUCGACUCAUGGAACUGGUUCUAUUGGCGACCGGAUGGCCGAAUCCACCAGCGAUACGACAAAUCUCGAGCGGUUUCUGCGAUACUGUGACAAACUAGAAAUCGACCUAGUUCGGAAUAGUUAA